AUGCCCUCGUCAGCUCCCUUCCACGGAGAUGCGCUGCGAAUUGUUUGUGGACAUCUGACUCUCAAGAGUCGAACUCUGCAUCUUCGCUUGGUGUCGAGGGCGUGCUGCAGUGAGGUUGAUCUCAUGGGCUCGGAUUGCUUGGUCGUGAAUGGAGAGCCCGGGCCACAGGGAAGGGAGUCAGUGGACUCCAUGAGCAUCCAUUCAGCGAAGCCGGGCAGCAUCCGCCAAUUCAAGCCUCGGACGCUGAAGCUUCAGAACAUUGGCGCGCUCCCGCCGCAGGAAAUGAGACGCCUGCUGGAAGGUGCGCAGGGUUCCCUCACUUCGUUGUCAAUUCAAGGAUGGACUCCUGUGUUGGAGAGGAACCGCGGACGGUUCCAACACUUCUACGAUGCAAGAAGUGUCUUUGCUGCCUUUGACUGUGCGAGUGAGAUCACGGAGUUGGAAUGGCGCCAAAUCUCCCUUCCGUUGUCCUUGACCUUGCAGAUCACUUGCUGCUUUCGGAACCUUGUCACCUUGCGCUUGGGAAUCUCCGCCGAGGAUUCUGGCGACGAGCGGAAUUUCUUUCAGCUGCAUGCGUUGCAAAUGCUACCAAACCUCAAGGAGCUUCGCAUAGUAGAGGAUCAGGACUUUUUUGGUCAUGUCUAUUGUCCUUUGACUUGCUUGGGCCUGGCAUUGGCACCGCUCCGGAACCUAGUGAUCCUGGACAUGGGCGAGGUGCCCGUCUGGAAGGACACGGACGCAAUCCCGUCGUUGCUUGUCAUGCUGGAGCAGCUGAAGUACCUGAUGGAGCUGAGGACACUCAUGUUCUGCCCGGCAGAACUCUGGGAUCAGCUCGAACCCAACUUUGGGUGCCUCCCUCGCCUUCAUCGCUUGUGCUUGCACUUCUCCGAGCCGAGCUCGGAGGACAUAGCGUCGUUUGUCAAGGCCAUUGCGGAUGGCCUCUUUCCGGCCUUGCAGGAGCUGGAGCUCGUGAUGAUCAACAUGGAGGACGACUCCGGGAUGGGCGUCGACGAGGACGACUGGGACGAGUGGCUGUUGGGAGCUCUCAGCCGGCUGAAGAGGGGCCCCAAGCUCAAGUGCAUCCUUCUUGACUCCUGCGACCUCCCAUGUGAUCUCGACCUCCUGGAAAACAAUUUGGCAGCAGGCGGUGUUCAGUUGGCUUUUGCAUAA